AUGGGUAAGCCGUCAAAGUUAGCUCAAACAGAGGAUGUCCUUCCAGGGCUGGGUGUCUCUUUGAAUAGUUUAGGUACAGUGAAUUACAAUUUUCAAGGCAAUCAACUUCGACGUGUAGCAGCUAUGAUGGAAAAGUACCCGGACAUCCAGAUAUUAUUCGACAGACAGGGCUUGGCAACACAGACUACGGAGAUUAAGCGUACCUGUCUUCCGUCUACGAGCGUCAAGGUGAGAACCAAUAAUCCACCAGUAGCUUCAAAAAGCGGUUGUAUUGAAAAGCGGAAUUCAGUUUUAGUGAGUAGAUCAAUCAACAAAGAGGACGACGAAAUAGACCUAGGUGACCCACUGGAGCGUGCUGCGUUCCGAAGACUGCCAACAACGAUAUCAGCAAAGUGCAAACUGGGCGCUAAACGCAAAAGAGAAACCAAUCCGGCAUCACCGAUGAAGGCGAAUUGUUGCAGUGUCUGCAAGUUUGCGAGCAAUACGGUCGAUUUGGACGAUGAGCAUUAUUGGAUCCAGUACCAGAAAUGCGGGCAACAAACACAACAAAGUUGCGCUCCUUAUGGUGUAGAGGAAGCACGUAUUUCUGUGAAUUGUAUGGCAGCCCUUCGAUUGGCCGCUUCCCCCUUCCUGAAAAUUGUAUCUUUGUAUAUUCAAUAA